GCUGGGACUACAAGGGACCCGAGGACAUGCACGGGAAGAGAGUGGUGGUCAUCGGCAUCGGCAACUCAGGAGGAGACAUCGCCGUGGAGAGUAGCAAAUUUGCAGAGCAGGUGUAUAUGAGCACCCGUCGCGGCGCCUGGGUGAUUCGUCAGGUCUCAGAUAACGGCGUUCCGGUGGACAUGAUGUACAACACAAGGUUCGUCCACAUCCUAUUCCAGCUGCUGCCCAUCAACUUCUUCAACUGGUUUGGAGAGAAGAAACUCAACGGCAUGUACGACCACACAACGUACGCCCUCAAGCCCAAACACAGGCUCUUCAGUCAGAUCCCAGUGAUCAAUGAUGAUCUGCCUCUGAAGAUUCUUUCAGGAUCCGUCGUCAUCAAAUCGAAUGUAAAGGAAAUUUGUGGCUCCACUGUGGUGUUUGACGAUGGGAGCACAGUGGAAAUGGUAGACACAAUUGUGUUCGCCACAGGGUACAACUAUGGCUUCCCCUACUUGCCAAACAAUGUUCUUUAUAAGUCAGGCCACAGAGUAGGUCUCUACAAGCACGUAUUCCCUCCAAACUUGGAGCAUACCACUCUAGGUGUGGUGGGUUUCAUUCAUGCCCUCGGCGCCAUCAUGCCUCAAGCGGAAAUGCAGGCCCGAUGGGUGGCACGUGUCUUCAAAGGACUUAAGAAGCUUCCCUCAAACCAAACCAUGAUCAAAGCUGUUGACAAGGACACUAAGGACAUUGAGAAAAACUACAUUGUGUCAAAGUUGACCCCGCUGCAGGUGGACUUUGUUUCCUACAUGGACGACAUCGCUGGAGAGAUUGGAGUGAGGCCGGGUCUUCCCUGGCUCUUCUUCACAGACUACCAGCUGUUCAAGCAUGUGCUCUGGGGACCCGUCUCCUCCUACCAGUACCGGCUGAUGGGGCCAGGGAAGUGGGAUGGGGCCCGCAAAGCGAUCUUCACCCAGUUCGAUCGGAUGUACCAGCCCCUAAAAAGCAGGAAGCUGGAGGAGCCAGAGUCCUCCAUUACGGGGCACCUGGUUAAGCUGAGCCUGGUGAUCCUGAGUGGAGGAGCCGUGGCGUACUACUUCCACACACACCACCCAAACACCAUACCCACCCUGCUGUCCAACAUUCGUCCACAGGCAGCCUGGAGAUGAGUGAAGAACUCGGGACUGUUCAAUCCAAUCGGCUCAAAACCAGACCAAUGACAGUGACAUUGUGCUUAUUCCGUGCGCUUACCUUUUGUGAACUCUUGGAAGUGGAUUGUCAAAUUAUGCUUAUUAGGCGACUGUUUCAAAAUACAAAUGUAGAUUUAAAAUGUGUUUGUGCUUUUAAACAGGUCAGCUAAACUUCACUUCGGCUGCUGUAAUGCAAGCGGUACGCUCAAACAUGUAUAUUUAAGUAAGUGAUUUUUGUUUUUUAUCGCAAAUGUAAAAAAAAAAGACUUGCAGGGUUUUUUGUUUUUCAAAAUAAUUUUUUUUUCACCCAUUUUCUGUUUACUGAUAGAGUCCAUCAGAUUUUUUAAUUAAAAGUCUAGUAAGUAUAUUUUGUUUUUCCUCAAAAGCACUAUUAGACAUACCACCCCAGUUUAAUUCUGCAUGUGUCACUUUUUUUUUUUUUUUGCACAAUAGAGGAACACUAAAAAAUAAACUAUACCAUACCCUGUAGCUGCUUUAUCAGAUAUAUAACAUAAUGUUUGUGUGCAAAAACAAUUGUAUCAUCAGAACUUGCAUAUUCAUAAUAACAGCACCCUUCGUAUUUUUUGGAAACACAUUUCUAGAUGUGCGAAGUUCCUCUUGUAUCGCAGCAGCAAAUUUUGAAUACUUUUUUUCAACUAGAGGAUCGCUGCCAAUAAAGUCGCCAAUAUUUCUUGGGAAUCCUAGCAGAAGUAUCUUUCAGUUCAUAAUUCAGGAUCUGUCUAACAUCUAGUGAUUUUAUCAGACAUCUAUGUCUUCCUUUUUCUGUUGAGUGUAAAUAUGAUCUUUUCUCCUCAUUCAUUAACCUUGUAUGUUUUGCAUGAGGUUACUCAGCCCCACCAAACUAAAGUCCCAAAUGAAAUAUUUUUGCAAUA